AUGGACGGCUGCCAGCACGGGAAAACGCUCGCCCAGGCCGAGGCUAUCUGCGCGGCUGUCGACGCGCGGCUUUGCUCCGUCGAUGAGCUCGCCACCGACUGCGCCAAGGGAACAGGAUGCGGGCACGACUUCGGCGUCAACGAUGCAACACUGCAUGAAGCAGCACUGGCAUGCGAGGCCCACGGGUACCGCCUGUGCGGCGUCGACGAGCUCAAGUCGAAGAGCCACGCGUGCAGCACCGGCUGCAACUACAACGACCCAGCAUACCUGAUGUGGAGCGAGGAGGCUUGCGCGCCAGCAGAGCUACUGCUUGAAGACACGAAGGUCGCGGCCGACAGUGGCGCGCGCCUGUUCAAGAGGCCGGCGGCUAGCCUCGAGGAGUGCGCGACCUCGUGCUACAACAGGUCCGAAUGUGGCUUCUUUGCCUACAAGCCGGAUGGGAGGAACAACUGCAUGGGCGGCCGUAGCGCGUCUGGGCACGCUCACCACCCCGGCUUCAACUUUUAUAGACUACUUGCAUAG